CAGCAGAGGGCGACGGAUGUUUGUAUUGGUAGCCGGACUCUGACAUCUUCUGGUGCGCCGAGUAGUGACGUCAGAAAACAGCGACCCAAGUGGAGCAGAAUGAGCAGGAGUUCUGGCUCCCAGCAGAGCAGUCAUGGAAAGUGGACAUUGUCUAGCAGCGAUGAAGAGUCAGAAGACAGCAAAAAGCCAUCAUCCUCAUUAUCGGUGAGCAGAGACCGCGUGGUUCCCGCUCCUCAGUUCCCGUGCUCCGAAGCCAGGAAGGAAUCUUACAAGAGGAAGUCAAAUCCAGUAAAGUUUGAAGAGAAGGCCGGUAAAGAGCCAUCACCGGCCAAAAAAAUAAAAACGGAAAAAGAGGGCAUGGGAUGGUGCCUCUCCAGCAGUGAUGAGGAGCCCGAGCCAAAGAAGGAGCCGAAUAAGUUGAAAGAGCCAUCUUCCCAAAAACCGGAGGUGCAGAAAGUGCAUAAGAGCCGCAGCCCCACCCCCACCGCCAGUGAGAAACACAAGACUCCCAGCGACUCUCAGGACCCCUGGGAUGUCCUGCAGGCCGGAGAACCUUUUCGCUUCUACUUGACCAAAGUUACCGGCAUCAAACCCAAGUACAAUGCCGGCGCCCUUCAUAUUAAGGAUAUCCUGUCUCCCCUGUUUGGGACGUUGGUCUCCUCUGUGCAGUUUAACUACUGCAUAAAUAUCCCCUGGCUGGUGAAGCAAUAUCCAGAGGAAUUCCGGAAUAAACCAUUACUGAUUGUCCACGGGGAGAAAAAGGAAUCCAAGACACGUUUACAUGAGGAGGCUCACCCCUAUGAAAACAUCCGCCUGUGUCAGGCCAGGCUGGAUAUGGCUUUCGGGACCCAUCACACGAAGAUGAUGAUACUGUUAUAUGAGGAGGGUCUGCGGGUGGUCAUUCACACCAGCAAUCUAAUUCAUGACGACUGGCACCAGAAGACUCAGGGGAUCUGGUUGAGUCCACUAUAUCCUAAGUUGCCAGAAGGUUCAUCCUCUCUUGCUGGGGAAUCGAUCACCAACUUCAGGUCUGACCUCAUGGCGUACCUGGCAGCAUACAACUCCCCAAGCCUGCGUGAAUGGAUCGAUAUUAUCAAACAGUAUGAUUUGUCAGAGACCAGAGUGUACCUGAUUGGAUCCACACCUGGAAGGUAUCAAGGCCACGAUAAAGAGAAAUGGGGGCAUUUACGUUUGAGAAAGAUAUUACGAGAAAAAGGCGACCUGAUCUCAGGCAUUGAAUCAUGGCCUGUGAUUGGACAGUUCUCCAGUAUUGGUUCGAUGGGAACCGACCACACCAAGUGGCUUCACUCUGAGUUCGGUGAGAGUCUGAAGUCGCUGGGGAAAGGAGUGAAAGCCCUGCCAAAGGCAGAGAAUCCUCUUCAGCUGAUCUACCCCUCCGUGAAUAAUGUCAGGACAAGUCUGGAAGGUUACCCAGCGGGAGGAUCUCUGCCUUACAGUCUCCAGACUGCACAGAAACAGCCGUGGCUCCAUUCCUAUUUCCACAAGUGGAAAGCUGAGACAUCGGGGCGUAGCAGAGCCAUUCCUCACAUCAAGACCUACAUGCGCCUAUCCCCUGACUACCGGGAGCUGGCCUGGUUCCUUGUGACAAGUGCAAAUCUGUCGAAAGCAGCGUGGGGCUCCCUGGAGAAGAGCGGUGCCCAGCUGUUUAUCCGCUCCUAUGAGCUGGGAGUCCUUUUCCUGCCAUCUGCCUUCGGCUUCGACAAUGGAACAUUCCAGGUUAAGGUCAAUGUCUUCGCCAAUAACGAAGGCUCUAAAGGAACAUUUCCAGUGCCUUAUGAUCUACCUCCAGAACGCUAUAUGGGGAAAGAGAGACCCUGGGUGUGGAAUAUUCCCUAUGUCAACGCUCCGGAUUCACACGGAAACAUCUGGUGUCCCUCGUAGGAUUCUCGCAAUGUGUGAAGCAGCUCCCAGAAUCCCGGAUCCGCUUCCUGAGAAACAUGUGAAGAUUUUUUUUU